CCCUGGCCGACUCCCCCCUCCCUUUACCGGAAAUGUCUCCAGGUGACGGCGGCUCUGGCCGGGAGACGCUGGGCGUAGCGGGGCGGUGGCGGCUGUGAGCUACCAUGGAGCACAUCCGCACCACCAAGGUAGAGCAGGUGAAAUUAAUAGACCGUUUCAGCACCAGCAACAAAUCGUUAAUGGGAACUUUGUACCUUACAGCAACUCAUCUGUUAUUUAUAGACUCUAGCCAGAAGGAGACUUGGAUACUACAUCAUCAUAUCGCUGCAGUGGAGAAACUUGCCUUGACUACUUCAGGUUGCCCUCUUGUGAUCCAGUGCAAGAACUUCAGGGUAGUUCACUUUAUUGUUCCCAGAGAAAGGGAUUGUCAUGACAUUUACAACUCUUUGCUGCAACUGUCAAAACCAGCAAGCUACGAUGAACUGUAUGCCUUCUCUUACAAUCCAAAACAAAAUGAGUCUAAGCGGCUGCAAGGGUGGCAGCUCAUUGACCUCGCAGAAGAAUACAAGCGGAUGGGAGUGCCAAACUCUAACUGGCAGUUGUCCGAUGCUAAUCGUAAUUAUGAGAUUUGUGACUCCUAUCCCAGAGAACUUUAUGUUCCUAGAACUGCAAGCAAGCCCGUAAUCGUUGGUAGCUCCAAAUUUAGAAGCAAAGGAAGAUUCCCAGUGUUAUCGUAUUAUCACAGAGAUAAAGAGGCUGCCAUUUGCAGAUGCAGUCAGCCUCUCUCAGGUUUCAGUGCCAGGUGUCUGGAGGAUGAAAAUAUGCUGCAUGCGAUCAGUAUAGCCAACCCUGCUCAUCACUAUAUGUAUGUCAUGGACACUCGACCUAAGCUUAAUGCAAUGGCAAACAGAGCAGCAGGUAAAGGCUAUGAAAAUGAAGAUAACUAUGCUAACAUUAGAUUCCAGUUUGUUGGAAUUGAAAACAUUCAUGUAAUGAGAUCCAGCCUACAGAAACUUUUAGAAGUCAGUGGUACAAAAGCUUUGUCUGUCAACAGUUUCUUGUCUGGUUUGGAGAACUCUGGCUGGCUGCGUCAUAUCAAAGCUGUAUUGGAUGCUGCUAUCUUCUUAGCCAAAGCAAUAGCAGUUGAAAAUGCAACUGUGCUAGUUCAUUGCUCUGAUGGCUGGGACAGGACUUCCCAAGUUUGUUCCCUUGGAUCUCUCUUGUUGGAUUCGCAUUAUAGAACAAUCAAAGGCUUCAUG